CUCUCUCUUUCUCUCUCUCUCUCUCUCUCUGAUUUCUUUACCUUUGUAGCCAUCACACCAGCAAUAAAUUCCUGUUCUGUUCACCUCUUUCCUUUUCUUCUUGCUUUCCCUUUACUCUCUCUCUCUCUCUCUCGUUUCCUCCAUUGCAAACCAAGCUUUCAGUCAUUUCCAGCUCUCUGAUAGGAGGCCCUUAUCUCUCUCCCUCUCUCACAAACUUUACACACACCAACCCCAUUUCCACCCACCUCAUGCUUUUCCUUUCUUCCCUAAAAAAUUUCCCAUCUCACCACUCUACACUCACUCUCUGUCUCAUAAUUUUGCCUUCAAGAUUAGAUUUUUGUUCUGGGGCCUUCCGUUGCCACUUACCCUUGCCCCAUUCUUGUGAAUACUCUCUUUUUUGGCCCACUUGAGUUGAGGGGACUCUAUCCUGCUGCUUCCAAACUACUCCUCCUGCUGCAACAUUGCUCAAUUGGGUCUGUGAUUUCAGGUCUUCACAUAAGACGUAUCAUAUCUAUGUGCUCAUUGAAUCUCCGUUUUGGUUACAAAAAAGCGGACUUUGUUUUUGCCCUUCGAGGAGGAAGAUCAAGGGGUUAGUUCAGAUCACAUCCAAGCAAAUUGUUUCAUUCUGUGGCAGAGGAAGAAAAACAACCGAGCAGUUUCUAGAACAUCUAGCAUUGGGGCAUCAGAGAUGUCAUCUCGGGGUUCUUUGAACUCGAAAUUGUCGGAAACUUUUCUGGGUGUGAAGUUAUGGGUUUGGAUUGGCAUCUGUGUAUGCGCAUUCAUAGUUUUGAUUCUCUGCGCCUUAUGUAUCUGGGUCACAUUGCGGAGAAAAUCGAAAAGGAAGGACGUGUUUUCCCUUUCGCAGAUACCGAACGAAUCAAAGGAUAUCAGAGUCGACAGAGUGGGUGGCCCGAAUUUCCCUAAUCACCCAGAAAAUGCAUCCCUUGCAGUUAACGACAAAUCGGUCGGGAAGAACUCGGAGAAGAUGCUCGUCCACUUGGCCACAAGCAAAUCGAGCGAUCCGGAUAACCUGAGUCAGUGCAGUUCUGUUUACAACCCAGAGAGGGGAUUUAGUUCGCAAUCAGGAGAAGAAGGAAGCUCUGGCAAUGUUCGAAAAAAUCCAUCAUUGCCUUACACUGGACUUGUUACCGCCUCUCCUCUAAUUGGCUUACCUGAAAUUUCGCACCUUGGAUGGGGUCACUGGUUUACUCUCAGGGAUCUAGAGCUUGCGACUAAUCGUUUUUCGCCACAUAAUGUGCUUGGCGAGGGUGGUUAUGGAGUUGUUUAUAGGGGCAAACUUAUUAAUGGAACUGAGGUAGCUGUCAAAAAGCUUCUGAAUAAUUUAGGACAAGCUGAAAAAGAAUUCAGGGUCGAAGUGGAAGCAAUUGGUCAUGUUCGACAUAAAAAUCUUGUACGACUAUUGGGAUAUUGUAUUGAAGGAGUUCACAGGAUGCUUGUUUAUGAGUAUGUGAACAACGGAAACUUGGAACAAUGGCUGCAUGGAGCUAUGAGUGAACAUGGUGUCCUCACUUGGGAGGCCCGCAUGAAGGUUAUCCUCGGAACUGCCAAGGCGCUUGCAUAUUUGCACGAAGCAAUAGAACCCAAGGUUGUUCACCGGGACAUCAAGUCGAGCAACAUUUUGAUGGAUGAUGAAUUCAAUGCCAAGGUGUCUGACUUUGGAUUGGCUAAGCUGUUGGGAUCAGGAGAAAGUCACAUUACGACCCGAGUGAUGGGAACAUUUGGAUAUGUGGCUCCAGAGUAUGCCAACACAGGAAUGUUGAAUGAGAAGAGCGACAUUUACAGCUUCGGUGUUCUCUUGCUUGAAGUAAUCACUGGAAGGGACCCAGUGGACUAUGGUCGACCAGCUACAGAGGUAAAUCUCGUGGAGUGGCUGAAGGUGAUGGUAGGUACCAGGAGAGCAGAAGAAGUCAUGGACCCGGCCCUUGAAGUUAAACCAGCAACGCGUGCUUUGAAGCGUGCCCUGUUGGUUGCACUCAGAUGUGUUGAUCCUGAAGCAGAUAAGAGACCAAAAAUGACUCAGGUCGUGCGAAUGUUCGAAGCUGACGAGUAUCCGUUUCGCGAGGAUCGAAGAAACAGAAAGAGCCGCACAGCCAGCAUGGACAUCGAGUUGACAAAAGAAGCUCCUGGCUCAGUUGAUGUAGAGAGCCAAGCUAAUCCGGAGAGCCAUAAGAUCGAGAUAACUCAGGCGUAGUGCUGACAAUAUGGAGUCCUAAUUGCUUAUUGACCCGGUUAGAGAGAAGCCUUCCGACACAUGGAUACAUAUAGAUUGAAAAAAAACCCUUCUUUGCAGCCCUCGAGCUCCUCCUAUACCCAAUGUUGGAGAUGGUUCAUUCGGUUGAUAGAGCUGAGAUUUCUACUUUGGUUUUGUGGCUACUUCCUUCGACACAGUUAUGGAAUGAUUGAAAUAUUUGCCCUCCAGACUCCAGAGAGAGAGAGAGCGAGAGAAAGAGAAUGUACAGAUGGCGACCGUAGUAAUGCCUUUUUGUCGAAAUUGUUCUUCUGGUUCUCGGACCAUUACGGUUUCUUGGGCAAUGGGGUAGCAUCCAAGUCUGCUCAUCGGCAAAGUAUCAGCAAUACAUACAUGUUUCCUCUUUCCCUAUUACAGUGCACACGAGCCGAUAUCAUCAUUCGUAUUUGGUCUUGACUUAGACAAAGAUAGAUUAGCACAAACAACGACAUUCAUGGCUUUUAUCCUCU